AUGAUAGCCCGAAAAUGUGAUGGGCUUCCUUUGGUACUUGAUCUAAUCGGUGGAGUCAUUUCAAGGAAGGAAAAGAAAGAGGCUUUGUGGCUUGAAGUUCUGAAUAAUUUGAGUUCCUUUAUUUUUAAGGAUGAAGAGGAAGUGGUGAAGGUUAUACAAUUAAGUUAUGACCAUUUGUCAGAUCACGUAAAGCCAUGUUUGGUUUACCUUGCAAGUUAUCCAAAGGACAAAGAUAUAAUGAUCUCUGAGUUGAAAGAUUUGUGGAUUUCUCAAGGACUUGUGGAGCAGAUUGAGAUGAAAAGUGCAGAAGAAGUAGUGGAUGAGUUAAUUUCCAGUAGUUUGGUAAUACCUUUCGAUAAUUCUAUUUGCAAAAUUCAUGAUCUUGUGCAUGACUUUUGUUAUAUAAAAUCUAGAAAGGAAAAGUUGCUUCACUUCAUAGAAGGUUUAGAAGCUCCGUCUUCCUCUUCUUCUUCGGAUCUUAUGCCACGUGGAAUUAUCAUUCAUUUUGAUGGAUUUACAAUUUGUUUGAAUGGAAAUUUUGCGGUGUUUAAUCCAGAAAAGAAGAAUCCUUAUGUUAAACACCUCCUCUCUCUGAAGGUCUAUGAGAGUCAUCUUCCCCCCAAGAGUUAUCUGAAGCUCUAUGAGAGUUAUCUGAAGGUCAACAAGUGUCACCUAAAACACUUGAGGCUUCUCAAAAGUUUGGAUUUGAAGGGCAUAACAAUGAAAGAUUAUUUGCUGAAUGAAAUCGGUAUGCUCGUUCAUUUGAAAUACUUAAUCAUUCAGACGAGGGCAAAAGCUCUCCCUCCGUCAUUUUCAAACCUCUGCAAUCUAGAAACUAUGGUGGUGGACUCGGAGGGAUCAUGCAUGGUACUAUCGCCUUGGUUUUGGAGUCUUGCAAAGCUACGAGAUGUGCGGAUGAAGUGUUGUUCUCUCUUUGAUCCAACUGUGUUAGACGAGGAGUCAAGGUUAGAAAAUUUGAGAACAUUACGUAAGCUCUACCUUCCCGGUUUAGAAGACACGGAGGAUAUUAUUUUCAAAAGGUUUCCUAAUCUUCAAAACCUUGAAGUCUCUAUCGGACAACUACCAGAUUGUUCAGCAGGGAAGAUAUGUUUUCCAAGAUUGGAUGUCCUUAACGAACUUGAAGAACUCCACUUAUCUGCUUCUCCUUUGGGUUCAUUCAAUGAAUAUACACAUGGCUUCCCUUUGAGCUUGAAGAAAAUGACGUUGCAAUGGCUCUCUCUGACAUCCGAUACACUUUCAAGAAUUUCUAGACUACCCAACCUUCAAGAACUAAUUCUAGAAGACACAAUCAUUGAGGAGGGGAAAGAAUGGAACAUGGAAGAUCUCACCUUCCAGAAACUCAAAUCUCUACAAUUGGAUAGAUUAGAAUUUUCUGAAUGGCAGGUUGAUGCAGAGAAAUCCUUUCCCGUGCUCGAGAAACUACAUAUAAAUGGAUGUGAUAAGCUUAUGGACAUCCCAGACAGUUUUGGAGAUAUUGCGUCAUUAGAGCUUAUCGUAUUAUGGUUCAGCCCUCAGCUUAGAGAGUCGGCUAUCAAUAUUAAGGAAUAUGUUGAAGAAAUGACUGGAGAAGACAAGCUUGAGAGAGAUCAUAUCAACAUGUAA